AGGUCAUGACCCCAGCAGUUCAGAAGUUCUUCAAUACCGUGUUGAACGUGAUCCAAGGGAAAAUGUGAUUUGGGUCUGGAGACAACUGUGCAUGUCAGCUCGUCAUAAAGCCCCAGGACAGCAGACAGGAGAGAAGCGUUCCGGGGGAGAGAGCUCCCGUUUCCCGAAUAGACAGCUCCCAGUUUGUACUAUAUACACAUUCUAUUGGGGCCUCCAUGAUGGAGAACAGGCGUGUGCUGUGUGUCCUGUGCCUCCUGCCUUUCCUCCUGGUUCCCGUCCGGGCGGAACCCGAGCAGAGCCAUACCGAACAGAGGAAGCUGAGCGUCACCAGAAAUAAGAUCAUGACGGCGCAGUAUGAGUGCUACCAGAAGAUCAUGCAAGACCCCGAGCAGCACGCCGAAGGCACGCACUGCAACCGGACGUGGGACGGCUGGCUGUGCUGGAACUACGUGGCGGCGGGCACCGAGUCCGUGCAGCACUGCCCCGACUACUUCCAGGACUUCGACCCCUCAGAGAAGGUCACGAAGAUCUGCGACCAGGACGGACACUGGUUCCGACACCCGGCAAGCAACCGGACGUGGACCAACUACACCCGGUGCAACACCAACACCCACGAGCGUGUGCAGACGGCACUGAAUUUGUUCUACCUGGCCAUCAUUGGACAUGGAUUGUCUAUCGCUUCGCUGCUCAUCUCACUCGGCAUAUUCUUUUACUUCAAGAGCCUGAGUUGCCAGAGAAUUACUUUGCACAAAAACCUGUUCUUCUCCUUUGUCUGUAACUCCAUCAUCACCAUCAUCCACCUCACGGCCGUGGCCAACAACCAGCCCCUGGUGGCCACGGAUCCGGUGGGCUGCAAGGUGUCCCAGUUCCUGCACCUCUACCUGAUGGGCUGCAACUACUUCUGGAUGCUGUGCGAGGGCGUGUACCUGCACACGCUCAUCGUGGUGGCCGUGUUCGCCGAGAAACAGCGCCUGCUGUGGUACCACUUCCUGGGCUGGGGGUUCCCGCUGAUCCCCGCCUGCACGCACGCCGUGGGCAGAAGCCUGUACUAUAACGACAAGUGCUGGAUCAGCUCCGACACGCACCUGCUCUACAUCAUCCACGGCCCCAUCUGCGCCGCCCUGCUGGUGAACCUCUUCUUCCUGCUGAACAUCGUGCGUGUGCUCAUCACGAAGCUCAAGGUCACGCACCAGGCGGAGUCGCACCUGUACAUGAAGGCCGUGCGCGCCACCCUCAUCCUGGUGCCGCUGCUGGGCAUCCAGUUCGUGCUGCUGCCCUGGCGGCCGGAGGGCCGGCCGGUGGAGGAGGUGUACGACUACGUCAUGAACAUCCUCAUGCACUACCAGGGUCUUCUGGUCUCGACGAUUUUCUGCUUCUUUAACGGAGAGGUGCAGGCCAUUCUCCGGAGGAACUGGAAUCAAUACAGAAUCCAGUUUGGGAGCAGCUUUGCGCACUCGGACGCCCUCCGCAGCGCGUCCUACACGGUGUCCACCAUCAGCGACGGGACGGCGUACAGCCACGACUUCUCCAGCGAGCACUCCAACGGCAAGAGCAUCCAGGACUUCGAGAACGUGGCCUUUAAGCCGGAGAAGCUGAAUGACUACAUCUUACAAUAGGGCAGGGCUGUCCGACCGCAGUGCACUCUGAGCUCCCGGACUUCGAGCCAUGACUUUACAACCGGAAGACUUCGAUGUUAAGUGAAUUUCUUGACCACCACAAAGAACAAUGAAUUCAGUCACUUGGCUUUUGUUUUGUUUUGUUUUUAUAAUAUAAAUACAUAGACAAAUUUCAG